ACUUCACCAAAGAGAUGAAACUCAGUUUCCUCAUUCUCGCUGUGACUGCUCUAGCAUGCAUGCAGUUUUCUUUGGCAAAGAGUGCGGUCUGCAAUGGUAGAAGCAAAUGCUCGUCGUGUCAAUGCUCUGCUCUAGAGAAAUGCGGAAAACAAAUCUUUUCUGACGACGAGCAAUCUCGAUUUCCGGACAAGCAGGUGUCUUCAUGUAUGAACUGCAAGUGGGUGUUAUCUGUUGUUGGCAACAAGCGAGUCAGACUUACGUUCUCACAAUUUGUUCUUGGGUCUGGAGACAAAGUCCACAUUUAUGAUGGUAAUUCGAAGAAGUCUCCACUCAUUGUUAGCUACAGAGAAGGCGACAGUCCAACUGAUGUUGUCUCAUCCGGGAGUUCGAUGACGGUAAACGUUAAUACAGAUCGUUGUGGGCAGAAUCCUUUGAUAAACGCAUCUUUUGAAGCUAUUGAUUGUGGAAAUCUGUUUUAUAUGAAACCAGGAAGGGGAAAAUUAGAGCAGAUUCAGUCUCCUAACUUUCCACAAAAGUAUCCGAGCAAAUUGGAUUGCAUAUGGAUGUUCGUCAGCAUUGACAAUUCGCUGCUAUCAGCACGUAUCAAUAUCGAGGUUGUCGGUACUGGAGGAUCAGGAGCCAAACUGAUCAUUCAGAAAUCUCUAGAAGUGUCAAGAUCGCACAGCCACGUGCAUAAGUACUAUGGAAAAACUAAACGAAACAAAGCAUUAACAUUUAGAAACACACCUGGAUUUACAAUCAAAUUUUUUUCUGAUCGAGAAAACCGGGGGAAAGGAUUUUCACUGAAUGUUGUUGCUCUUGCACAAGGUCCUCAUUGUCCUAUCCCCAAUAGCUUUAAAAAUGGCUUUGUGAGUCUAAUCAAUUUUGGUAGGACUGCCAAAUAUGAUUGUUGUGAUGGGUAUAAACUCUAUGGAAGUUAUAAGCGAUCCUGCUCUAACAGAAGAUGGACGCCUUCAAACACUCCUACAUGCAAAUCUGUAAGUUUUUGCACUUUGCCGUUGAAUAUGGAAGUUUUCAAUAGAUCUACUAAUGUGGCAAUCGGAGAAGAAGUGAGUCUCUACUGUACACGAGGAUUUAGGCUUUCGAAUUCGCUCAAAUUAUUGCCAGCAUUGUGUGAUUGCAAUGGCAAGUGGAACAUAACUACUAACCCAUUACCAUGCGAAGACUAUUUCUGUACCUCUCCACCUCCGUCUCCUACUGCAGAAGGCGUGACAUCGUUUGAAGAUGAGAAGAAGCAAGCAACGUUUCCCGUCGGAUCGAGAGUGAACUAUACGUGUCCGAACGAGUAUAACUUAGAUGGCAUUCCUUAUCGCGUUUGCACUGAAGAUCUCGAUUGGGAGCCACAUUCGAUAGUUCACAAUUGCCGCAGAAACCUUAAAGUUUGUCCGGAUCCUGGAGAACCGGAGAAUGGAAUUCGUAGAACAAAGUCGUUUGCGGCAGGGCGUCUCGCUUCCUUUGGCUGUAAACCUGGGUUUACAUAUCAUGGAACCGACUUGCGUACUUGUAUCGUUGAUGAGAAAAACAACACGUUUUGGGAUGGCAAGGAAGGUUACUGUAAAAGCGAUUUUAAGUCUCCAAUGGGUUUAGCAUUUCAACUGAAAGAAACGUUUACUGACCGUGUGGGGGCAUGCGUUAUUGAACAUAAUCAUACCUCUUCACCUGUUCAAACAGCAACUGCUUCUGCUUCAACUGAAACUGCAACUGCUUCCGCUUCAACUGUUGAAAUAAAUUUGCCCACUGAGGCUUACAAUAAAUUUCCUGCGUCACCAGAUUGCAGAGGCCGUACAGUGGUUGUUGGAGAAGGAUGCAUUGAUCUAAUAUAUAUAGUAGAUUGCUCAAAAAGCGUAGGCAAAGAAAACUUCACUAGCAGUCUGGACUUUGUGGGUCGCUCAGCAGCGCUGUUUAAUAUCAACAACGACACUAAUAGAAAUGAUACUGCGAGAGUAGCUCUCAUCACAUACGACAACAAAGUGCACCCCAUAUUUAAUUUGGGAGAAAAGGCAACCCUAGUUGAAACGAUUACCGCAAUAAACAAAACUAAGUUCUGCGGAGGCGCAACCGCAGUGAGAAAAGUAUUGAAAUUCGUUAGAGAAAAGGUAAUUCCAAUAAGUAGACCACAAUGUAAAAGAGCCAUAUUUCUGUUUUCUGACGGUGUAAACAAUUGGGCAGGAGACCCAAUAAAAGAAGCACAGGAACUAAAGAAAGAAAAAGGAUUAGAAAUUUACACUAUAGCCUUUGGAGUUGGGAAAGGUAAAAGGGUUGACUCGAAAGCACUGGAAACGCUCGCAUCCAAUCGCAAUUAUCAUUUUAAAGUGGAAGACGCAUCUGCCAUAAGAGAUGCAUUGAAGAAAGCAUUUACAACUAAAGUUGACUUUUGCAAAACUUGUGGUAGAGCUGUUGCUCCAAAAUGUAGAAACCAGCACAAUGGAGUGUGUCUUUCGGAAACAGGUGCGUGGCCUUGGAUGGUUGCCAUUUACAGGAUUGAAAGAGGCAAUCCCGUUUUUCAUUGCGGAGGCGCGGUGAUUAGCGAAUGUAUGAUUUUGACCGCAGCUCACUGCCUCGUUGGUCGCAACAUUACGGAACUAUUAGUUGUUGUCGGAGACACGCAGCGAUUUGUGAAAGAAUUUAGCGAGAAAACAUACACAAUUGAACAAGUUUUUAUACAUCAGGAAUAUGAUUCAGUCUCCUUUAAUCGAGACAUCGCUCUGAUAAAGUUGAAUUGCAAUUUCACAUGCUCUCCGUACGUGCGAAAAGUUUGUUUGCCAACUGCACAGGACAAUAUUUACUACCGUCCGGGAACCAAGUGUAUAGUGGCAGGAUGGGGAGCCACGGAAAGAAGGGAACUAGGCGGAAAUUCGAGCGCAAAGUCGACUGCCAUGAAGGAACUUCAUCUUCCUAUUGCAGACAAAACAGUUUGUAUAGAAAGCACUUCCCCUCAAUAUAGGGAAGAUGUCACAAACUAUACAGUUUGCGCUGGAGACGGUACUGGCAACAAUGACGCUUGCGAUGGUGAUUCAGGAGGACCUCUCUUUUGUAAACGCGAAAGUCAAAGUGUUAUUGAAGUGAACAUUUAUGUUGUCAUAGGAAUAGUGAGUUGGGGAGAAGGAUGUGGACAAAAGAAAAAGUUCGGCAUAUUUACAAACGUAUUGAAACUGCUAGAAUGGAUCAAAAAAGUGUUGGAAUUUUUCCGCUGUCCGUUCAAACGCGACGACGAAGAAGAGGAAGACCGGUGCCCUGAACCUAAAAUGCAACUGUACUGAUUGUAGUGCAGCGUAUGCUAAAGAACUGACAGUGGCGUUGAAUGCUUUGCGAUGAGUUGACGUAGAACGUGCCUGCGGUUUCUUUAUGCAGGGAUGUGUCUUUGUGAAGCGGUAGUAGUGCUUGAAACUGCGUUAGAAAUGUUGCUCUGACGCCAAAGUAGUUUAGAAAUUAGCGGCUGUACAAUACAUGUGGCAAAGAUGUUUAGCAGUAACAGUGGUUCAAAAUUCAAAUGUACAUGUUGUCACUUUAAUAAAUUAGU